GAUAAUAUGAAACUAUGAUAUCUUGAACUUAAAGUUAUUCAAUUAUGAAAUGAAAUUAUUACACAUCGUCUUAUGACAAAAAAUUUUAUUGAAAUGCUAAUUAUUCUUACGGUUGUUGAUAAAAGCUCGUAUUGAGUUGAAUUAUAGCAUAUUUUAUUGAGAUGUAACAUUAACCUAGUGUGCAAUUAUUUCUUAGUUUUAAUAUUGUUAUCGAAUUACUCUUAAAAUGUUCUAUAAAUUGAAGAAUUUUUUUAUUUAUAGUGUUUUUAUUUUUCAAUAACUUUUAUUAAAAUAUGUCUAAUUAAUACUGUGAUGUUUGAGGUGACCUUAAGAAUGAAUGAAAAAAGACUAACAAAUAGCUUUAUAAGCUAUAUUGGUUUAGAUGACGAUGAAAAGAGUUCUAGUUGUGAAACAUCAUUUAUAGAAUAUGAACUUUCCCCAAAACUCCAUCCAGGUGAAAUGAUAAUUGCUGAAGCACAAAAUGUAUUAUUAUUUACACCAGUAAAUGAAAAUAAAAGUGGACAAUCGGGUGUUUUAUUUGUCACUAACUUUAGGCUAUCGUUUGUGACAUCACAAGAAAAACAACUAGAGGACAUAAAGUAUCAAGAAAAUGUAUUAUUGGGGCACUAUGAUGUUUGUUUAUCCAACAUAGAUAUUAUUUACAUGUUGACAGGUGAUAAAAGAAAAAGACUGAUGCCUGGACAUCGUUUUAAUGAUAAAGUAAAAGGGUUACAUAUACUGUGCAAGAACAUGAGAACAUUAUCAUAUAGCUUUAAAUUUUCACCUCUUGGCCAUGGAAAAACAUUAGCAAAUGCAUUGUUACACCAUGCAUUUCCCAGAAGACAUCAGCUAUUAUUUGCUUAUGACUACAGAGAACCAUGUAUACAAAGUAAAUAUACAACACCUUCAUUUAGAAAUAGAAGUGACUGGGAAAAAGAACUAUUACGUACAAAAUGUGUUGGUUGGACAAUUAAUGCUUCUAAUAACACCUUUCAACUAUCACAAAAUUUGCCACAAUUUUUUGUUGUUGGUUCAACCAUUCUAGAUAAUCAAUUACGUAAAGCUGUACGUUAUUUUCGUGAUGGGAGACCACCUACAUGGUGUUGGAGUUCAAUGAAUGGAGCUGCAUUAUGUAGAAUGGCUGACGUUGUAGAUCCAUCAAACAGAACACAAGAAAAUGCUAUGUUAGAAAUGGUUAGAAAAUCACAUCCUAAUCAUAUGAGACCUAUUGUAAUAGACUUAACAAAAGAUUUACCUUCUCCAAAAGAUAUUGAUCAAAGUUUUAAUAAAUUACGUGAACUCUGUGCUCCUGAAAGUAACCGACAAUUCUGGGUUCAAGACAAUCAUUUUUAUUCUCAUUUAGAGAGCUGUAAAUGGCUUCAAUAUGUUUCAAAUUGUCUUACUUUGGCUUGGGAAAUAGCUAGCACACUAAAUAGUAAAACGUCUGUUGUUGUUCAAGAAUGUGAAGGACGCGAUCUUUGUUGCAUUAUUUCUAGUCUUACACAGUUGUUGAUUGACUCUCAUUAUCGAUCAAUUGUGGGUUUACAAACAUUAAUACAAAAAGAAUGGGUUGUAAUGGGCCACCAGUUUUGUACAAGACUUGGUCAUAUAAAUAAUUCAAAUUCAAUCAAGUCACCGUUACUUCUCUUAUUUUUGGAUUGUGUGUGGCAGUUAAUACAACAAUUUCCUACUAAAUUUGAAUUCACCGAAACUUACUUGACCACAUUAUGGGAUGCAUCACAUAUUUCUAUUUUUGAUACAUUUCUAUUUGACAACGAGCGUGAUCGGUAUUAUGCGAAGACUGAUGUAGCAAGUCCUUUAAUGUUACGUUCAAUUUGGGACUGGGAAGAACAAUUUAUUGAUCAAGAUUUGAUACAGUUUCACAAUCCUUUUUAUGAUUCAUCAUUUAGUGGAUUACUUAAAGUGUCCUGCGAGAUAUCUUGUCUUAAUGUUUGGACACAGUGUUACUAUAGGUUUCUACCAACUUUAGAAAUAUCAAAAGGAGGCAAACCAUUGGAAAAUAUAAUGAUUAGAACAUUAAUGUCAGUUCAAAACAAAAACUCUGGAGAUCUACUAGACCUGUAUACUCAACCAAACAUUGGGUCUUUUUUUCCGUUUACUCAUUGGCGAUCAAACACCACAGUUCCUCCAUCAACAUUAACAAUUAGUUCGUUAUCAUUAAAUACUAGUGACUUUCAAAUAGAAACAUCAUUAGUAGAAAUACCAGAACACAAUAUUUAAACAUUAAAAUCAUAUUUCUAAUUUAAGUACAUUACUGUUUACCAAAUAAUAAUUUAUUGACUUAACAAUAGUUAGCUAGUAAAACUACCUAAGUUAUAAAAAUAAUUUUAUAUUUUUAAUCUAUUUACUUCAAAAUAUUAUUAUAAUUUAAAAAAAUUGUUGAAUUUAAGUCCUCACAAAUGAUUAAACAAAUUUUAAU